GCUCCGUGAAUCAGUGCAAAGAGUAGCUCAGAAGCAGAAUCAAUUGACUAAAGUCCAUCGUCGCCAAUAAUGGGAAUAUUCUUGUCGAAGAUUUUUGGUCGGAUACUCGGCAACAAAGAAGUCCGCAUCCUGAUUCUUGGACUUGACAAUGCUGGCAAAACUACCAUUCUCUACAGAUUGCAUCAAGGGGAAGUGGUGACUACAAUUCCAACGAUUGGAUUUAAUGUGGAGACUGUGACUUACAAGAAUAUCAAAUUCCAAGUAUGGGAUUUAGGUGGACAAUCAAGUAUUCGUCCAUACUGGAGAUGCUAUUAUCCAAACACAAAUGCGAUUAUCUACGUUGUUGACAGUGCUGAUCAAGAGCGAAUCAAUAUUUGUAAAGACGAACUUCUAGCAAUGCUGGAUGAAGAUGAGUUGAAGGAUGCAGCUUUGUGUGUCUUCGCAAACAAGCAGGACCUUCCUGGUGCAAUGAGUGCAGCUCAGAUCAGCGAAGCUUUGGGGUUGGCGGGGAUUAAGAACCGUGAAUGGUCCAUCUUUCAGACAUCCGCCACCAAAGGGGAGGGUCUGACCGAAGGACUUGAUUGGCUCUCUUUAACUCUUGCUGGAAAGAAGUAGAC